AUACAGUCCGGACCUCAAGUUAGUUUAAAAGAGCACGUCACUGAGGAUUCAAUCAUGGGCAAAGAAAGUAAACUAGACGCCGAGAAGGCUCUAAACGGCUCCAACGUCGACGACGAAACGCGAAAAAAGAAGAAAAGCAAAAAACACAAAAAGCACAAGCGGAGCGAGGAGGACGAAGACAAAGCUUACAAAAAGAAGAAAAAAUCUAAAAAGGAGAAACAUAAAAGCCCCAAACCGGAGAGCGAGACCUCUCUCUCCGAUGUGGAAGAACUUAUAAAGAAAAGCAGAGACCGCAAACCUCCGCCAAAAGAACCUUCAAUACUCAAAGAGAAAAACGGUGACACUAGGGAAAAAGAUGAUGCGUUAGAAAUCAUAUCGUCCAAUUCAGACACAGAAAACUACCAAGAAGACUGCGCCAGCCCUGAACUAAAUAUGAUCGAGGAUGAUCUAAAUCUAGAAGAACUCAUGAAGCAAAAAGAACUACUACAAGCCUUCUUAGUCGCUUACUAUUCUGAUAAGAGUGACAGCGACAGCGAGAAAAAGAAAGAUGACGUCAUAUGCAUCAACGACGAUAAAUCACCGGUCGCCAAAAAGUCAAAAACGGAUGACAAGAGAAAAAAAACAAGCAAAGACAGAUCCGCUGAAAGGGAAAAGGAACGGCAUAGAUCAAGGAGGCGCGAGGAGGAUUUGCGAGAGAUCAUUAAUAGGGAGAAUAGGAAAGAGAUGGAGAAACGGUUAGAAUAUAGGGAAAGGAAAGAGCGCGAACGACGGAAGGUUCACGAAGCUGAGCGGGAGCGGGAGCGGGCGCGCGAGCGGGAGCGGGAACGCGAGAGAGAAAAGAAGAGGGAGCGCGAACGUGAGCGGGAAAGGGAGAGACGCGACAAAGUGGUAAAGAGGGAUAGAGAGAGUGAAGUCAGGCGUCGAAGGUCUAGAGAUAGGACGCGGGCGAGACGGCCGUCGGACAGAGACAGAAGGUCGAGAGAGAGACAGAGAGAUCGGUCGAGGGAUAAGAGAGGAGGGAGCCGGGAUAGACGCAAGAACUCCGGCAGUGAAGUGGCGCACCUGGUGGCCAGUUCCUCGGACGAGCUUGACAUCUCCAUCAACACUGAUGAUGAGGAAACCGAGGAGCAGAUCAUCGAGCGACGACGCAAGCAGCGGGAGCAGCUGCUCAAGAGGCUAGGUGGCGCCAAAGACGAAAAACAAGAGAAAGAUCCCGAACCCCACACGACGCCGCCCACAAAACCCGACCCCAAACCCGACCCUAAACCCGGCACGCCGGAACCGAAACCCGAACAGAAAGAGAAGGAAGACAAGCCUAAAGAAGAUAAGAAAGAGGAAGACAGAGGUCACAAGCCGGAGAAGAGAACGGGCUCGGAGUGGGACAUGUUCGCGGAUCAGGACAACUUCGAUGUUGAUAGUCCCACAGUCGGCAGACCCCGAGGCAAGAACACUCUAGAAAACCCUUCCCUCACAGACAAUUGGGAUGACGCCGAGGGAUACUACAGAGUCCGCAUCGGCGAGUCACUGGACAACCGUUACACUGUAUACGGGUACACCGGGCAAGGUGUGUUUAGUAAUGUCAUAAGAGCGCGCGACCAGGCGCGGGGCGGCGCUGACGUCGCCGUCAAGAUCAUACGGAACAACGAGAUCAUGCACAAGACCGGUCUCCGCGAGCUGGAGAUCCUGAAGCGUCUGAACGACGCCGACCCAGACGACAAGUUCCACUGCCUCCGUCUGUUCCGCCACUUCUUCCACAAGCGCCAUCUGUGCAUGGUCAUGGAACCCUUGUCUAUGAACCUGCGCGAGGUGCUUAAAAAAUAUGGCAAAAAUAGUGGAAUCCACAUCAAAGCGGUGCGGAGCUACACCCAGCAGAUUCUGCUGGCGCUGAAACUGCUCAAGAAGACUGGGAUACUGCACGCUGACAUAAAGCCGGACAACAUCCUGGUGAACGAGAGCAAACUCCUCCUGAAGCUGUGCGACUUUGGCUCCGCAGCCAUGGUCACGGAGAACGACUUCACCCCGUACCUGGUCUCCAGGUUCUACCGGGCCCCGGAGAUCAUCCUCGGAGUCCCCUAUGACUUUGGCAUCGACAUGUGGUCCACCGCUUGCACCAUAUAUGAACUGUCUACCGGCAGAAUCAUGUUCAGCGGGAAGUCCAAUAAUGAGAUGCUGAAGUACUUCAUGGAUCUUAAGGGGAAGAUACCUAAUAAGAUUAUUAAGAAGGGCAUGUUUAAGGACCAGCAUUUUGAUGCGCAGUGCAAUUUCUUGUAUCACGAGUUGGAUCGGGUUACGGAGAGGGAAAAAGUAGUAGUAAUGACCAGCAUAAAACCUACGCGCGACCUCCAAUCAGAGCUCGCGCCGUCCCAUCACCGCCUCCCGGCCAACGAAGCGAAGAAAAUCACGCAGCUCAAGGAUCUACUCGAGCGUAUGCUCAUGCUCGACCCGGCCAAGCGCGCCUCCGUCAAUCACUGCCUCGCGCAUUCCUUCAUACAAGAGAAGAUAUAG